UCGCGAAGUAAUGACGUCAAGGCUGUGCGACUUUACGCCUGCGUAGUGUGGCACAACGCUGAUGCAAGAAAUUUUCGGCGCAGUACCGUGCUAUUGACCGACGACUAAAAAGUGGCCUGGUUAUAGUCAUUCCCCAGCCUGCAAGCAUGUCAGGAGACGAGAUGAUUUUUGAUCCCAACAUGACCAAGAAGAAGAAGAAAAAGAAGAAGCCCUUCAUGUUGGAUGAGGAUGGAGGAGAGGGGGUGGGAGGAGAAGAAGCUAAAGAGCUGGAGGCAAAGGAGGCCGAACCGGAGGUUGGAGAAGAAAGGGAGGUUGAGUUUGAUGAAGAUGAAAGCAGAAAGAAAGAGCCAUCUGAUGAUUUGAAUGACCUGAACUUCUUCAACCAGAAGAAAAAAAAGAAGAAACCCAAGAAAGUGUUUGAUAAUGAUAUUGAAGAGGGGUUAAAGGAGCUGAAAAUUGAAGGAGAACAGACAGAGGUAUUGGAAGAUGACACUAUGGAUUUUCCUACCAAAAAGAAAAAGUCCAAGAAAGUGGACUUUGAUGAAGGAGAGCUGCUGGAAAAAGACGAUGCAUUGGAGGAUGAUGAGGGGAAGAACAAUGAUGGAAUUUCCUUCAGCUCUUCCACAGGACCAGCCUGGGCUGGCUCUGAACGGGAUUACACUUAUGAUGAGCUCCUGAACAGAGUUUUCAACAUAAUGAGAGAGAAGAACCCUGACAUGGUGGCCGGAGAGAAGAGGAAGUUUGUCAUGAAGCCUCCUCAGGUCGUCCGAGUGGGAACUAAAAAAACCUCCUUUGUCAACUUCACAGACAUCUGCAAAUUGUUGCAUCGUCAGCCUAAACAUCUCCUCGCUUUCUUGUUGGCUGAGCUGGGAACAAGUGGUUCAAUAGAUGGAAAUAACCAGCUUGUGAUUAAAGGCAGAUUUCAACAGAAACAGAUAGAAAAUGUGUUGAGAAGAUAUAUCAAGGAAUACGUGACAUGUCACACCUGCCGCUCGCCUGAGACCAUCCUGCAGAAAGACACUCGUCUGUAUUUCCUGCAGUGCGAGACAUGCCACUCUCGCUGCUCUGUCGCCAGCAUCAAGACUGGCUUCCAGGCUGUGACGGGCAAGAGAGCACAGCUCCGCGCCAAAGCCAACUAAAAGGGCCGCCUAAACUGGGCCCCCCUUCCCAUUAGAAGAAGGGCCAGACCUGGGGUUUGGUGCCCUCUUGAUUUGCUAAAGGACUCUCUGACUCGAACUGUGGGAGGGUUGGCAGUUGUUUAGUUGUGUUGUGACCUGAACAUGCGGUGAGAGAGUAUCUAAAGCUGAAACGUGGCGUUCUGCACUGUAAACGGAUGACGUGCACCACAUUCAUUGUUGGAAGCAUUUGACAGAUGUCUGGCUGAUCAACUCUCUAACUCGUAGGUUAUUUUCCAUUGCUGUACUUCUUGAUUCCUGCAACAUUGUGAUUAACUUGGCGUUGAUGCUUAAUUUUUUCCCCCCAUGCUACAUACAGAAAUGAUUUCUUCACAUAAGCAAUACCCUUCUCUAACACAACCAACCAAAUUGUAGGAAAGAUGGGUUGAUCCAUAGUAAUAAUCCUUAGUUGCUAUAGUAACCGUGUUGCUCACUACCUUAUUUUUGAGCUCUACAUGCUUAUGGUUUUGCUCUCAUUUGUUCUCUGGCUCUAAGUGGCAGUCCAUUUUGUAUUGGCCCCAGCAUAUGAAAGGUAACAUUAAAAAUUGCUAAAUUUGGGUACACAAAGGAGUGAGACUAGUUUCUGAUAUUCCUUUAAUCUUACAGUAGAUGCUGGUCAGAGUCAAACUACUACAUAAAUUGAGGACUUUCAUUCAGAAGUUUUGUAAAACAAAUUCUAAAGUGUUUUUGAGACAUGAAUGAGCAAUUGUGUGCUUAAUUUCUUGGAUUUCAAAAGUUAAGAUAAAAACCUUGUCAGCAACUUGACUGAUGAGGAUGUGAAAUGAAUAAAAUUUGUUUUGCCUAGAAAAGUAGGGUUUUUUUGGACCGAAUGUCAAUGCCCCCAACACAACACGACCAAAUUUCCCUUCCCUAAGAUGAGCUUCUGAGCAGGUGCUGAAGCCAGUCUUCUUUUCUACAAGUGUGGUUGCUAUUUAAGCAGCAGACUUGCUUCUAUGUGAAGAGUUAAAGAUCCUGCUGACACUGGAUACAUUGUUGUCGUUUGAGAAGAAGGUCUGGCUGGAAUAAUUUUAAAACCUGGUUUUUACAAAAAUAAAAUAUUAUACUCUC